AUGCCGCAAGGUAUUCCCAAAGGCUUCUUGUCCCGUAAGCUGUCAAUUGCUUCACAACGCACCGUGGCUCGGAGGGACGCCGUCCGCGUUUCGGCACAUUCCGUCGCGGCAGAUGUGCCUCCAGACCAGCUACCACCAGCUCAUGCACGAGCUGCUAUAGCAGCUGCUAAGAGGAAAGCAAAGGCUCAGGCUGACGCGGAGGAGAGCGCAGCUGUGCUGGGCCGCUUUCUAGGGCUUGGCCCUGGAGGCCUUGCCCCCGCAGCGACUGUAGACCUUGACCGCGACCAGGUGCUGGGUGUGCUUGAGGCGGUGUGGCGCCGCGGAGACGCAACCUUGGAGAAAGCCCUGUACGGCCACGCGGCGGCAGUAACAGCAAAGCACUGCGGUGGCGGUGUAUACUACCGAGGCCUCGUGGAAUUUUCCAACAUCUGUCAAAACGACUGCAGCUACUGCGGUAUACGCAACAACCAGAAGGACGUAUACAGGUACACCAUGCCCGAGGAGGAGGUGGUUGAGGUGGCCAAGUGGGCUCUGGAGAACGGCAUCCGAAACGUCAUGUUGCAGAGCGGUGAGCUACAUACGGAAAAACGACUUGAAUAUCUGGAACAUGUCGUACGAGCGAUCCGCAAAGAAACGGUGGAACUGGAUCUAGCGAGGCGGGCGGUGGCGGCGGGCGGUGAGGGAAGCUUCGCGACGCCACGCACUAACGGCACCGCAACCGCCAACGGCACCCCUAACGGCAGUACCGGUGCCGCCACAACGAAUCCUGAGGCGGAGGACGAGCUAGGUGUUGCGGUGUCGUUGUCGGUUGGGGAGCUGCCGUAUGAGCAUUACGAGCGGCUUUUCAAGGCCGGUGCCCGCCGCUACCUUAUCCGCAUCGAGACCUCCAACCCGGACCUGUACGCCGCCCUGCAUCCGCCGCCCUUGAGCUGGCAGCACCGAGUGGAGUGUUUGCGGGCGCUGAAGCGCAUCGGCUACAUGUUGGGCACCGGAGUGAUGGUGGGUCUGCCGGGGCAGACUCUGAGGGACCUGGCGGGCGAUGUGGUGUUCUUCAAGGAAGAGCGGGCGGACAUGAUUGGCAUGGGUCCCUUCAUCACGCAGGACGGCACUCCCGCCACUCGCAGCUGGACGGAGCUGUAUCCGCAAGUGGAUAAGAACGCGCACAUGAAGUCCAUGUUUGAGCUCACCACGGCCAUGAAUGCGCUGGUUCGAAUCACCCUUGGUAACGUCAACAUCUCCGCCACCACAGCCAUGCAGGCCAUCAUCCCCACGGGUCGUGAGAUCGCACUGGAACGGGGAGCCAAUGUGGUUAUGCCCAUCCUCACACCGACAAAGUACCGGGAGGAUUACCAACUGUACGAGGGCAAGCCGUGCAUCACGGACACUGCCGUACAAUGCCGUCGCUGCUUAGACAUGCGGCUGGCGAGUGUGGGCAAGGCCUCCGCCGCGGGUGUGUGGGGUGACCCCGCCAGCUACCUGCACCAGAUCACGGGGGUGCGAGUGCCGCACGACAAUAGCAGCCCUGUGCUGGCGGCGGCUGCGGAGGCGGAUGACAUAGAGCAAGGCGCCACCCCCCGGUCGCCCCUGCCGCUGCGGCGGCUGGUGGAGGUACCCGAGGAUCACGACACACGGGUCAUGCGGCCCCACGGCAACACGGGCAAGAAAUCCGCCAAGAACCGCCAAGAACGCUCCCACGAUCACGACCACGACCACGACCAUGAUGACCAUGAUCAUGACCAUCACCGCCACGACCAGGACCAGGACCAUGCGGUGGCUGCUGCUGCCAGUAACGCCAGCAGCAGUAGCAGUAGCAGUAGCAGCUCUAAAGCUGUAGCCGCCGCCACGUCAGCCAGCUGGAGCUCCCCGCAGCCCUCCGUAGCAACCGGCCGCGUCCGGGCUUCUAGCCUGUACCCGCGACGGGGUCGUGCGGCCCGCGUCGCCGCCAAUGCCGCCACCGGCGCCGCCGCUUCAGCGGCGCCAGCUCCUGGCAGCAGCAGCAGCAGCAGCUCUCCUGCUGGCGGCAGCAUAUCCAGCACCACUGCUGCAGGUGUGCCGCGCAUCAACAUCGGCGUGUUCGGUAUCAUGAACGCAGGCAAGUCCAGUCUUGUGAACGCGCUGGCCCAGCAAGAGGCGUGUAUCGUGGACUCCCACCCCGGCACCACCGCGGACGUCAAGACGGUGUUGCUGGAGCUGCACGACCUGGGCCCGGCCAAGCUGCUGGACACGGCGGGGCUGGACGAGGAGGGUGUGCUGGGCGAUAAGAAGCGGCGCAAGGCCCUCAACUGCCUCAAGGAGUGCGACGUGGCGGUGGUGGUGGUGGACACGGACAACCUGGAGCGGGCCAGGUCCCAGCCCGGUUGCGACCCCCGCACCACCCUCAGCUGGGAACGCAAGGUCAUGGAGCAGGCGGCCAAGUACGGGGUAUCCCCCGUGUUGCUUCUCAACGUGAAGCCGUGUGUUGGCGGCAGCGGCGGCGGUGCCCCCCUCACUCCCUCCGACUCCAGGGUGGGGGAGCUGCUGGCGGAGGCACACGCGGCGCUGGACCCGGACAGGAAGAUUCCCGCCAUGGCCCUGGACCUGGCGGCCACUCCACUGCACGAGCGAAGUACCCGAUGUGCGGAAUUCGUCAAGUCCGGUGCCCAGCGCUCCCCUCGCUGGGGUCAGCCCCACCCCGGCUGCCUGCCCCGCUGGGCCCUGGGCCGCGGCGCCAUGCUGCUGCUGGUCAUCCCCAUGGACGCGGAGACUCCAGGGGGGCGGCUGCUGCGGCCCCAGGCCAUGGUGCAGGAGGAGGCUAUUCGGCACUGGGCCACCGUGAUGUGCGUGAGACUGGACCUGGACGCGGCCAGGAACAAGUUGGGGCCGGAGGCGCGGGAGGCGGAGCGGCAGCGCUUCGGCGGUGUGAUCCGGCUGCUGAGUGAGAACAGCUGCGGGCCGGUGCUGGUGGUGACGGACUCCCAGGCGGUGGAUGUGGUCCACCCCUGGACUCUGGACCCCGUCUCUGGCCGGCCGCUGGUGCCGUUUACCACCUUCUCUAUCUGCAUGGCGUACGCCAUGAGCGGCGGGCGCCUGGACGCCUGGGUGGGCGGCUUGGAGGCUCUUGAAGGGCUGCAGGAGGGCGACAGGGUGCUCAUUUCUGAGGCGUGUAACCACAACCGCAUCACCAAGGAGUGCAACGACAUCGGCAUGGUGCAGAUACCCAAGAAGCUGGACCAGAUGGUGGGGGGGAAGAAACUGAACAUCGACCACGCGUACGGCAGGGAGUUUCCCGAGCUGGAGAGCGGUCAGCUGGGGCAGUACAAGUUGGCCAUUCACUGCGGGGCGUGCAUGAUCGACUCACAAAAGGUUUCUCAGCGGCUAGCGGACCUGACCGAGGCGGAUGUCCCCGUCACCAACUACGGAAUGUUCUUCUCGUAUGCGGCGGCGCCGGAGGCACUGCGCCGCGCCUUGGAGCCCUGGGGGCUGGAGCCGCCGCGCCGGAGCACUUCGCCCGCAACAACAGGUGCCAAGAGAGUGGUUGCAGCCAACGGUAACGGUACUGGCAACGGUAACGGAGCCAAGGCCGCCGAGGGACAGCCAGCGGUCACGGGACGGAACUGA